UCCAGAUCCGCUUUCGCCGAGAAAGAGAGCGUGAGAUCUACGUGUUAUACCUCGUUGUCUGCCUCCACUCUCACAGGUCAUUCGUUUCCGUCCGUUGUCGUGGGUGGUGUGUUCUCCACGGAGCUGAGAGAUGGUCAAAGAAGAACGCAUAAGAGAGUCCCAGAAGGGAGACGGUUCACAGUCGAGGGACGACAGAAAUCUCUUCUUUGUGCGCUUUUCGGACCCGACAAAGUCUUUCCGACGCAAGGCUGCGGUGUCCGUAUACCGCGUGUUGGCGGAGCAAGUGGGAAGAAUUCCUCCCGCCCCUCAGCGGCUGCUGUUUUUGUCCGGAAAGUGACUCCGCGAGCGCAGCCAGAAGAAGCGUUCCCUUUCCGCUAAAUUUUUCUCAAACUCCCGACAGGAGGAUUGUUCUUUUACCCUCUUCACAUCACCUCAAACCCGAGUUCUGCUGGCUUCUUCUGGUCCAUCGGUGUCCGUCUUUCCCUCUGCAGAGGGGGCUGGAUGCUGCAGUUGUCUUUGUUUGCUGCAUAAACACGUCGCCCCAGCCCCCUCUUCUUCCGUGGCACCUCCUGCCGCCAAUUUGCAUUCCGUUCAUCGUCUCCUGCCCCUCUAUCUCGUCUUUCACCCCCUCGCCGGCCAUCAUCCCGCCAGGGCGUUCUAGCGUCCUCGGUCGACUCCGGCUUCCUCACAGUCGCUCGCAGUCACUUCAUUCAGUUUUUCUUCUCGUUAUCGUCAGAGUUUGUUUCGGCCUCCUUUUAUCGUUUCACGUUGCGGCCAUUGGUCGCAGAGCCACUCGUCAAUCCUUCCUUCCGGCGAACUGUUGUCUGUCUGCCCCAGCCGCACCCCGUGUCUGGCCGGAUGCCUUUCGUGCGUCUCUUGUCAUAACUUGUCGUCCACGCAGGUGUGUUGGUCCGUGGAUGCAUUUACGCUGAAGAACACUGAGAGCUGGUUUCCGCGUUCCCGGCAGUGCUUGCCCCACAGCGGCAGUGCUUGCCCCACAGUGCCUUUGCUACGAGUCUGACACAUCGCAUUUUUUGCACUGGUACUGCGUCACCUCCUUCCGCCGUGUCGCCUUCUCCUGAUCUUCGCAACGAUGUCGGGGGCAGACGCGUCUCUCCAGCGGCAGAUUGUGAACGCCGUGGCAUCGUCGCACGACGGUACGUACAGCGCAACGGAGUUUCUCUUGUCGACGACGAAUUCUCCGGCGUUUGAAAGCAUUGUCCAAUGGCUGUUGACCGGAAGCCCUGAGUUUCCCGCGUUGACUCUAUCCGAGUCGCGCGCAUUUCCCCUUCUCGUGGAGGGCGCGCUGGAACGCGCGAAGCAGCAGACGGCGGACCCGAGUCUCUUGUUUCUCCAGUAUAACCAGCAGAAAGAGGACUUUCUGGCUGCUGCGCAGUUCGUCGGCUUCAACAUUCUCCUCCAAGGUAUUCAAGAAAAAUGGGAAGGCGGCGCCUGGAGCGAGGAACAGAAGCAAACGCUGAAGAGAUCCAUUCUGUCCGUCAUCGUCGGCCCCGACCUCGCGCCACUCGCCGAGCUCCCCGCUGAGUCCAUUCUGUCCGGUGUACAUACACCCCAGCUCAGCGAUUUUGACCGCGGCAAGGGCAACGUUCUGGUUCUGAAAACGCACGCUUCGCGCAUGAAGUGCGCGCAGGUUCUCAACGCAAUUUGCCAGCGCGAGUGGCCGCAAAAGUGGCCCGGACUCUUGCCGUGUCUCGUCUUCAAGGCGACUCGCGUGCCCUCGGAAGGCCUCGCGCGCCAGUGCACGGGCGUCGAGAAGCACGGAGAAAAAGGCGACGCCCACGCGGGCGAACACCAGGCAGACGAAGCUUUCGCGGCCGCCUGCGUCCUCCUCGGCCUCGUCCGCGAGCUGUCGCAGGAGGCGAAGGAAGAAACGCGCGCCAACAUGUCUCUCAAGCGAAGAAUCCAAAUUGCUCAGGGCCUCGAAAGUGCCGUCCAGUACUUGCUCCGCUCGCUCGGGGUCUUCCUCAGUGCCUUUCAGCAACACCACCAUGUGCACCAUCUUCGGCCACUCAUCGUCGAAUUCCUGAGAGAGCUGGCAGGGGUUGUGGAGGUUUCGCUGAUCCUUCAGUUUCGCGAUAUUCUCCUCUCCUUGGUCAAAGAAGGCGGAGAAGGAGGAGCCUUGGUAGACUGCCGCCUUCAGAUUCUUCAGACGUUCGACGUCCUCGUGGGGGGCCUCGCGAAAAAGCGAAGCAAGAAGCUCGCUGUCGACUCUGUCCCGGAAGAAGACCUGACUUCUCUCAUUCACUGCGUGAUCUAUUUGGUAGCCUCCGCCCUCGCGCAUGCAGCAAACAACAAAUUCGAGGUUGACUCUGAGGCUUUCGAGUUGGACGUCUCCCUUGCCGAUAUGGUCAAGCAUUUGUGCGAGUCGUGUGCAGACCAGCUUUUACGACGCCUAGAUCCGCUGACAGCGUCGUUGUUGUGGCACGGUGCGGUUCUGCCUUUGAUUGCACAUCCGUCUUUGAAGAUUUCAGUCGCUGGAGUGGCCGCGUCCACAGCCGUUUUCAAGCGUUUUCAGUUGUUCUCUGCGACAUUCCCUUCGGCCCGCGCCGCUAGCGAAGAGGCCUUUCUUCGCAUGCAAUGCAAGGCGCUAGCUGAGCAGCUGGCGCCGUCUUGCUCUGCCCUGGAGACGGCGUAUCAGCAGGCGGUGGAGCAAGUGCGGGAGCAGACGUUCCCAAUCUGGUUCGACCUGAAAUCUUAUCUUUCUCUGCUGUUUUUGCGGACGCUGCGUGUGGGCGACCCCGCCCUCGUGGCGCCGCUUCUCUGCGGGUCCCGCGAGAGUUCGGGGGGCUCCUUUUCGAGCUUGCUGGACCAGCUGGUGACUUCCCUUUUGCAGAGUACCGAACUCGCUUCCGCCCUGGCGCGCGCCGGCUGCCUGCUUGUCUGUCAGAACGCAGAGGCCAAGAAACUCGUCAUGGAGUGGGCGCAGGGCGGCCGACAGGGAGAAGAGAAGAAAGAGUUGGAACUGCCUCUUCUAGAACCCAUCGCAGCGGUCCUACCGGUCGGCAGAUACCCGCAUGCAAUCAAAGGAUGGUACCGCACGGUGGCUGACUUCAGUGUGGCAGAAGACGAACUGGGAACGGACGCCCUCCAGGGAUUUGCGGCGCGGUACGCAGGGAUGAAGUCUUCUUCGCUGCUUCCCCUGGGGCUGUCUCUGUGCCUGACGCCUUACAGCGCCCACCGCGUGUCCGAGGAGGUGACUGCUCUCGCGCAGCUCGCGCUCGGCCAUCCGUUUUUCGCGCGUCGAGGAGAGCUGCCUGAUUUCCUCCUUCAUCUCCAGGCCCAGCAGCGCCCCUUGCUUCCUGACAAGCAGCAGCCGUGGGUCUGUCCCGCCUACCUCGUGCUCGACUCGGCUUUGUCUUUUUUUGAAGCAUGCACUCAGCGUCUGAAGUCGGCCUCGCUGACGUACGCCGCGCUGCAGGGACCCUCUCUGUCGACGGGGGCUUCUGCGCAACUCGCAGCUGUCGAGUGGCUUCUGCCUGCACAUGCAGCGGAGGCGCCCUGGGAGACCCAGCUCGCGUCGCUCUUUCAGGCGAUUCUCGAUCUGAAGCUCGUGGACUUGGAAGCCAUUCUGUCGGGGAGUUUGGAAGCGCAGCAGCAAGCGAAAUGCGCCAAGCAGGCGACGCCUGAAAUCGGGACGCUCACGUGGCAAGGAGGAAACGCAGGGGAAAAGGACGAGGGAAAGGACCUCUGUCUCUACGACUGUCUCCUGGAGACGAGAAGACUCGACUUCGUGGCUAGCUGCGCCUACUUCCUCAACUACUCCCAUGUGAAGGUCGACGGCGUGCUUGAUCUGCUUUUCAGAAGGAUUCUUGCAGAGGCGCCCCAGUCUUCCGCAUCUGCUGCAUGCGCCAGUGGGACGUAUCCGUUGACGGGGGAGCAACAGAUUUACCUUUGUCGACGUCGCGCUCUCUACACACUGAUUUCCCUCUGUACCUCUUGUCCAGCUGUCCUCAAGAAUUACCUGCAGAUGAUGCUCCAGCAUGUGCAAGGCAGACUGCAAGCUCAGCAAGCACAGCUGCAGGACACGGAGAAGAAUCUUUUGGUGGAGUCUCUCGUCUCGUUGAUUUCGGCAAGCCAGAUUUACAGCAUUCAAGAAGAGCACACGUUGCCUCUUGUGCGUCCCUACGUCCACGAGCUGCUCCUGCUCUGUCAAAAGCUGGGUAUAGGCGACUUCCAGCUUGGACAGGAGGCAGCGGCCUGUCAGCGAGGAGACGCGAGAGACAGCAGUGUCAUUGGCUUGUUGCUUUUCCUUCUCGGCGAGCGUCGCACAGCAGAAGGCGAGACACACCAGAGGCCGGAAGACGGACGCCUUCUUACCAGUAAAGAAGAAGAUGUCCUCACCAGCCAAAGGCGUACUUUGGCGCGUGUUUUGUCUGCGCUGGAGAGCUGCAUCAAACGCACGACGCUUCCCGCGGACCCGGCGGCUGCUCGCGCUGGUGGGUACCUCGUGGACAACGCGUCGGCUCUGUCUCUGUCUUCCGCGGGCGCGACGCAAGAGCAGAUGCCGCUUGGGAAGGCCUUAGAGGAUCUGAUGCGUGCGUCCUCUCGCUUGAGCACAGACGAGGCCGCGCCGCUUCUGCCCAAGAGGCACCCGCUCGCGGCGUUGGUCCGCGAGCUAGUCCCCGUGCUCUUCCAGCUUCUUGAGGCCUUUCAGCAGCUUUGGCGGCCCGAGCUCGCACAUCGUUGGCCAAUGUAUCAGCCUCACUUGACGCUGGGAGAAGAAGAGUUUCUUUCUCUCCACGGACACACGCCUCUGUCAUUCACUCCUUCUGCUCUUUUGGACGCCGUCGCGCUCACGUUCCCUGCGCCUUCAGUCCGUGAUUUCAACGGCAGCUCUCUGGAGUCUUCCUCGACCUGCAGUGUCUUGACAGCUCCCGCGGACUUGACGCCUGCAGGGAAGGCGUACGCGAAGAGUUCGACGCGUCUCAUUCGGCGUCACUUGUAUCAUUUGCGCUGUCUCCUCUACCGCCUUCUCGGGACCUGCUGCUCCGUUUCCGACGGCUUCUACUUGGUGCCGAAACUCGAGGAGUACGUGGAGAAAACAUGCUUUGCGCCCAUUGCGUUUCUCCCCCUUCAGCAGCUGGAGCAACAACUCCGGCUGUUCUGGACGCCCCUCCUCGACUCUCUCAACUUGCCGCCGCAGCCGCCUUACCCCUCCAAGCAGCUCGUCUUGCUUUUCCUUCACCGCGGCGUCCAGCUGAUUGUUGCUCGCCUGAACCGAGAGUGGGAGACGGUCAGCCAGACAAAGUUGUCUCUGGAAGAUCGCAGCAGACAACGCAAAGGGCGCGAGGAAGAAAAGGACUUAAAUCUGUACAUGCUUCAAGUGUACGCCGCAGAUGCGCUGGCAGACUCGCUGUUGUCCGUCCUCAAGACCGUCCUUCACCUCACGCGCCCCCAGCAGCCUGUGGGUGGCGCUCUUUCGGCAGGCCAACUCUCCGAGUCCGGAGGCGCCUCAGACCCCCUUGCGCAUGCAGCGUCCUUUGCGCUGCCGUGUAGUUCGAGGACGAAGAGAACGAAAGAGCGAGGCAAGGGAGUAGAGGGCGUUCUGGGCGAGGCCGAAGACGACCAUCCUGGGGUAGAUGGAGACCGAGGGGUCCGGAAGAAGAACGACGAAGAAGCGACGGCGGCGUCUGCUGCACAUCUCACAGAGAUGCGGAAGAGCAUGUACUCCUCGGGAUUGCUUCUCUCAGCUGUCGUCGCCGCGCUCUUGCAGGCUCAACGGUGGCCGAAUCCUAACACCAUCAUGGAGGCGCACAAUGUCAUGAGGACCUACGUCAAAUCGGCGACCAAGCUCUUCACGCCCAUCCCUCCGUGCACCGCGGAAAUCUGUGCGUUGAUUCUCCGCGGAGUUAUGACAAGCUUCUUCGAAAAGAGGCAGUUCGAUCCUUUGGCUUUCGGUGAUGGCAGCACCGCAGUGGGGAUGGCUGCGUUCCCGCGGUCAGACGCCAGUCGGAGCGCGUCUGGAGAGGGUCUUGCGAGCUGUACACCUCUGCACGAGUUCUUGUCAGUUUCAGCGCAGCGCCCAGGAAAGGCAAACAGCGAAGCGAGUCGCAAUACACAAGUCAACACCUACACGGCGACGGCGUACCAAGUGUUGAAGGGCAUGUGUCGCAUUCUGGGAGACAAGGUUUCCUCUGUCGAAGGCCAGAAGCUGCAGCCGUCUUCCCUGCUACUCUGUCCAUACACUCUGGGCGCCUUCAACUUCUUCCGUAGCGCCGAGACUCCUGUGCGUUUGAGCGAUGAGGAGUUCGAACGUUUUGUCACAGCGAUGAUCCAGAAUGAUAACAAAGACGGAAAGGCUUUCGUAAAAGAGUUCUUCCAGAAGAACUGGGAGUGCAUUCAAGGGGUAGGUGUUCCGUCAGAGAUCCACAACUCAAGCCAACAAAUACUCGCAGAAAGAAAGUUGCCGAGUGUCCAAUUCAAGAUCAAUGAUCUCCCGGACCAACCGGGCGCGUCACUUCCGAAACUUCAAACCCUUGGAACAUGCGAACUUGGCUCAACGUUUUUGUCUUCUAUUCUUUAACGAUUGUCUCACACCGGAGCGAAUUUGAAUGUGAGAAACUUGUCGACGAAGCAUCCCUUGAUGUGUUCCGUCGUUCUUCAAAGCGGAAACCAGGGACUGCAGGAAACGUAUCGGAACGAGGUUGUUGUAUCCGGUCCCCCGUAAAUCCGCCGUGUCUGCAUAUUUGUCCGAUCAUUUUUUUUCACAACGGCUGGUCAGGCAAGCACUCAACAGGACCGUCUUAUUCCUGUCAAAACAGGACGGCGACCAAUGAACUGAACUUAAAAUUCGACGACAGGGUUGAAACCCCAGUCGCCGCUUCACAGCUAUGACACACGAGAAUGCACUAAUCGUGUUGCAGGAUUGGGGAGCAUUAUCCAUCGUUGUUUUCGAACAGUCUGUGGUUAAUAGUCUCAAGACAUAGGUGGAAAGAAGAUUUCGAAUCGGGACGCUUUCCAGAUGAGGGUCAAAACCACCCUUUCGGAAACGGACACGUGUGUCUGCUGCGUCCAUAAAAUUCAAGAUAACUAGCGAUCUCCUGAAUAGCGACUCUAUCGUGCGCUGUCUUGUCAAAGAUGCAGCCGCGUCAAGCGUUUGAAGUGGAAAGUGAAUAGAGUUUCUUGCUUUUGAUUUGAACGCUACUGUGC